CAGGGCGUACGUUUCUAAUCAUCGAACAACCGCUUGGAUUAUUGAAAGAUAAAAGGCUGUAAAAUGGUGGACGGUGUGUGGAUUUAGCAAGCCAGAAGAAGAAAUAACCAACUACAUUAAUAGGUGCGAAUUAGGACCCGGUACAUCAUGGUCGAUGUCACGUUUUUGAUUAUAUUCUUGGCGCUUAAAUUGGCUGAUGUUCAGUGUGAUGUAUGUAGCUACACUUGUCCACAACGCUAUACGACUAGUUGUGGCACAUUUGGAUGGUCGAGGUGUACUCGUUACAGAGGUAUUACCUGCUAUAAGUGUUGUGAUGGAUGGCAGGGGGACGUUGGUGAUGACUGUCCCACCCCAAUAUGUUUUGGAUCUACCACUUGUCAGAACGGAGGUACUUGCACCAAUCCUGAUUAUUGCAGUAAUUGUAAUCGCGGCUACUACUCACCGCGCUGUAAUUUGUGUACACAGAUUGACAACUGUCUGGCAGGGUUCUGCACUAAUAUCUAUGAUCAGAAAUGUGACAACUGCGACGGUGAAUAUGGCGCAAGUUUUGGUUACGCCUACAAGAAGUCAGACGACCAGACACAAUGCAACAAGCAAUGUUCAUGGAGGACAGACAGCAACGCCUGCUACCCGGGGUCCUGCACGAAUGCAGUGUGUACUUGUACCGCUGGGUUUUCUGGAACUGACUGUAGAACAAUGGGCACAAGUCAAGCACCUGUGUUGUCAGAGCAUCGUGCAACCCUAAGGAAGGGCACCACUACCUUAGAAUCACCGACCGUCCAGGGCAGUACGGAUACCGUCUAUACGAAGGUCAGAGACUUCACUGAAAUUCAGAUCGUUACGAAAAGCUCCUACCAGCCCACCCAUCUCCCAGCUCUAGGCAGUGGUCAUCCCUACAUCGACAGAGUAAGACUAGGUGUGGUGUCAGCGACUGCUUCUGCAGUCGUAAAUCGAGCUACAACUAGUAUUUAUGCAAUCGGGACAACAUCAUCCUGCACAACUGGGUCUCGUGACAAUCCUAUGACUGCCUUAUCUACAUGUUAUCAUAGUUUCACCAUCAACUAUAAUUCGUGGACGCCGGCUACUGGAGAUAUACUAAGGUAUGACGUAACGACAGUCAGUGGAGGACACAUGAGACUGUACGAUAGAGAUAACUCCGACAGUAUCAUGACCCGGUACUACACAGGCAGUACGACGUCAGGGUACUCAACUUUCACCUUUGACUUCGAUGACCCCUACCAUUGUGUGGAUGUCGUGAGCGGAUGCCGAACUACUAUGUUGCAUGCUGGUGAUGACGUCACUUCACAGGCAAUGUUUACGGUAACUUGGGAAGGCUGGGUCGACGACCUUUCUGGUAUCAAGGAGUUCAACCUACAAGUGAUACAACUGUCAGGAAGCCAUGGUAACCACAUGACGGAAAUCUUUGACAGUCCACCUGUCUUUUCCAAUACCAUUGAAUCAGGACAGGAGAUCACCCUACCUCAUAUCGGUGUGUACUCCAUCGUGUUGACCGCGGUUGACAACGCUGGCAACACUCGCCUAGCUCGACGUUUCGUCUUCCUUGAUGAUGACCAGAGUGACGUCACAAUACAGGGCACACACCCUCUGCGUGUUCUGUCUGCGACCACAGAAACCAACUUUGAGUGGAUUACCUCACUAGACACGACUGGGGGAACUACCUCGGUGCCUCUGGACUGGGCAAGCCAUUUCAUUAACUUACAUCACUAUAACCAGGGGUUGUUGAAACCAAUUGGUGACUGGGUCAGUGGUAGUAUUGAUGUUGAUUAUGACCAGUAUUUUGGAAAGCGAGGCCGUGCAGCCAUCCCGAAUGCUCUCGGUAUCACACAGUUCCGUGUCUUUAGCGACAUUGACCAUCGGGGUGGCAGGUCAAUAGUCAAUGCGUCUGACGACAAUGCGGAUCACUGGAGUAAUGAAGCAUCGAACACACAAGCAACUUAUGACCUGAUCUUGGUAGACGGCGAUUCCAUUCGCUUUUGGGUAGAGGCUCAAGAUAUCGCCGGUCACUUCGUGAGGGACAGUGUGUUAGUUCAUGCUGAUUCUUCACCACCAAUCAUUGAAGAUUUCUGGCUGGUUCGGGGAGAUGAUGUGAAUAUUGCAGUUCAUAAUUCAGUCGACUUGCACGAUUUGAGCGUGGAGUUUAGGACCUACGACAUACACAGUGGGGUUCGAACCAUUGAGUGGCGUCUAUUUGACAACCACACUGGGAGCGAGGUUGAACACGGGAGUCAGACAGUUGCUGCAGUCAAGGUUGACAAGGAGAAUGAAGACUGUGAUCCAGUAACGUGUAUGUGUGUCCCUGGCGGUGACUGCUAUAAUACAGACUACGGGUUCAAACCUACAUUCCACAUUGGUGUUCAUGACUUUGACUACUAUAUUAUGCUGACGGUUACCAACCAUGCUAGACUGGUGACAUCUCAAACAAUCAAGAUCACAGUGGACACAUCGCCCCCUCAAGCUGGUGUGGUGCAUGAUGGGAUGCCCGGGUCAGGUGAGGUCGAUUUUCAAGAGGGCAAUGACCUCGCUGCUCACUGGGAAGGAUUCUUUGACAAGGAGAGUGGAGUCAAGUUUUACGAGUAUCUUUAUGACGACACAUGCUGGAAUGAUGCAGACAUGGUACCUUCCAUAAGAGACACUAUGACAAGAACUACCGUUACACAUGCAAGUUGGACAGCGCCCUCAAGAGGCAUGUACUUCAUCACAGUUAUCGCCUACAACCGCGCCUUAGAGCCGUCUGUUCCUAUCUGUUCUGACGGUGUCAUGAUCGACACUAGCCCACCAGAGUUGUCUAAUAUCUCAAUCAGUGAUGUUCGAAUGAGGCCCGGUCUUGCCAAGGAUAACGAGGGCCGUGUGUGGUUCAUCAAUGAACAUCGAAUGAAGACUGAACUACUGAACGUGUCUGACAUGUGCAGGUCUAAAGCAACUGUAGUGAGCGAUAUAACGGUGUACCCAGGCCAAGAAAUCCUAAAUGAUUCAGUCUCGAUUAUUGGAGAAGACAUUAACUGUCAGUGGACGUCUGGCAUUCAAGAGAAGUUCUUUCUUCCUACACACAAACAUAUUAUCUUAUCUUGGUCGGGGAGUGACGAAGAUAGCUCAAUUUUCGACUACGAGAUCGGUCUAAGCAGUGACCCAUCCAAUCCGACCCCUGACCUUGUGACCUUCAUGUCAGCAUCAGGUCAUAAUCGUUUGGUGAUGUAUCAUCCCCACAUCAGCCAGGGAAAUGUUUUCUUUCUGGUUGUGAAAGCUAUCAACAAAGCACAGUUGGCUCAUUCUAAGUUUGUUGGACCUAUCAUCGUGGACACCACACCACCCAUGUUUGUUGGCCGCAUUCUCGUUCAUUUGGACGGCGAGUAUUUGGUGACUGAAUGGGGUGACGACGGCUUCACGGACAAUGAGGAUGCAGGUCUUUCAUAUCAAGUUUGCAUUGGACACACUAGAGGAGGCACUGAGUUCGUCUCAUAUCGAUCCCAGAAAGAAUACGUCAUCGGUCCGUGUGAAUCCCAAACCUUCUGUGCGGCCUUCCUAUUGGUUGAUCUAAGCUGGUAUCUCCAUGGUGAUCAUGAAUAUUACAUCUCAGUCAAAGCGGAGAAUAGUGCCGGACUAUCGACAGUAGGAACCUCGUCUGUGUACAGGCAUAUCGUGCAAUUGCCGUCCCAGGGGGUCGUGCUGGAUGUUCCACCAUCUGCGGCAGGAGUUGACUUUGGGGUUGUUAAGGACAUCGACGUACAGAUGGAUCAGUCAAAACUCUCCGCUCAGUGGUUCGGAUUUGAACAUCCCCAUCUUGACAUCAAUUAUGAAGUAGCCGUAAGAACAGGAGAAGAGGGUUUAUACGACGUCAGCAAUGGCUUCGUUGACGUCGGCAAUGCAACGUCCUACGAGUUAGACGGACUUGAUCUGACACCACUCAUGACCUAUUACUUCACCGUCCGGGCAACAUCUGAAACAGGAAGCGUCAUCGUGACGUCAGACGGUAUCAAGGUCAUCCCAGAGGGUCAACUCCUAGAAGGUGCAUUGAUCAAAGAUGGACUCGGAUGUGAUCCUGCGAACAUAACCACACCCACUGGGUUAUCUCAUCACUCAACCGCCCCAUCUCAACACUGUGAGGAUGACAUCACAUACCAGCCCUCUACGUCUGGUAUCUCCGCCCGAUGGAGCAUCCCGGUCAUGUUACGGCCCUUUGUAACCAAUGUCUUAUGGGCAGUGGAACAUGAGAUUCUGACUCGACAUGAUGUGGACAAUAGCUCAUCAGAGUGGGUCACAUUAUUGGACUAUCAAGAUCUAGGAAUGGCGUUCAACCAUUUGGAUGUAAGCCUUGGGUUACAUGACGGAGCGCGUCUGAGAUCAAAGGUUCAAUUCUGCCAUGGGAGUGUCUGCUUUCAGCCUAUGAUAAGUGACGGGUUCUGGGUACUAUCUCAGCCGCCUGUUGUAGGUGACGUCACAAUUAAUGACAUCGAGACAGAUUCAACAAGUACAAAUCUCCACGUGGCCUUCCAGACAUUUGAGCAUGCAUACAUUGACCAUGAUAGACAGUUAGAGUUGAUGGAUUUCUACGAGUGGACUAUCGCUGAGGAUGGGGAACACAGUGCUGUACUGAGUGAAUGGAAACGCAUCGAUGAUUUGAACAUCAUUGGUGAGACGGCUCGAUUCACUGCAUCGUUGGAUGGACAUCUCGACCACGACACGUGUCUCCGUAUGGCUGUGAGGGGCCACAACAAAGCUGGUCUUUCAUCCAUAGUGAGCACAGAGGUUGUGGAUUGUGACGAUGUGAUGAUUGUUAAACCGCAUGUUGUCAUCGACUCGGACCACGAAGUGAACUUAGAACAGAAUGCUCUGUGGCUUGAAGCCGAUACGAACUACAUCUCAUCAACAACCGUCCUAUCAGCAGUCUGGCCUUCAUUACGUCACAGGAACUACGUCUGGGCAGCGGUUAAAGAUACUGGAUCUGCCGAUUUCGGUGACUUGAACAAUGGCUUGAAUUAUCCUUGUGAACAUCCAAUGGCUGUAGGUUGUGGAAACACAGAUAAAGAGUUUGUGAAUGUCCAUGGUUUAUCGCUGGAGCACGGCGAACGUUACCGCAUCUGCAUUCACGCUGAUGAAGUCACACUAGAGCAUGAGAAAUGGUCGGAAGCUCUGCCGUCAGUGUCCAGCUGUAGCGACGGGGUUGUCAUUGAUACGACACCGCCAACACCCGGCUCUGUUUGGAUUGGCUGGAGCAGUCAUAACAACUACCAGAGUUCUACUUCAGAGCUGGUUAUACAAUGGGAGUCUUUUAGUGAUGUUGAGGAGCACGGCUUAGCGCGUCAUCAUUCUGGAGUCAAGUACUACGAGUUCGCAAUCGGGUCAAUGCCAGGUGGAAACGAUGUCCAAGACUUCACCCGUGUCGGUAUCGCUAACAGCAUCAUCAUACACAACUUGAGGUUACAGAAUGGACACGCCUACUAUGCAGUCAUUAGAGCAACUGAUUUUGUUGGUUUGUCUACAAAAUCAUCGUCUGACGCAAUUAUGAUCGACACAACAUCACCAACUGUGAGUGAUGUCUACACAUUGGACGUUGGGGGCAGCAGCUUCCUUAUGUCCACAACAUCCGUCUCACCAAGCUGGGAGAAUGUUUUCACAGAUGUAGAAAGUGGCAUCUCAUACUUUGAGUGGGCCGUGGGUUCACACCCAGGUCAUGCUGACGUCAUGCCAUUCACCAGAGAGGACUCAGAGUCUGGAGUCACUGACCCUUCACAACCUUUGACCCUUCAUGAAGGUCACUCGUAUUUCAUUUCUAUAAAGGCCAUCAAUCAUGUUGGGUUGAUCUCGUUAAAGGCGUUCGGUGCCUUCACGGUAGACGAGAGCCCUCCAGUGGCAGGUCAUGUCUUUGAUGGAGACCGCUCUCUCGCAUCAUCCAAUCACAGAGAUCGUGACUUCCAGGAGGACCGGAAGACAAUUAGUGCAUUCUGGGAAGGGUUUCAUGAUCCCCAUAGCGCCCUCAUUGGUCAUUCGUGGAGAGCAGGGACGUGUAAAGGAUGUAGCGACGUCGUAUCAGAGCAGCACAUCGGAAUGGAUACCGAGGUUAAAGCUGACAACCUGAACCUUGUGCCCGGUUUCACAUACUAUGUAACUGUGAUGGCCUGUAACGCUGCUGAUCUGUGUACUUCAGUGACAUCUGAUGGGGUACUAGUUGAUGAUUCGCCCCCGUUGGUAGGUCGCGUGUAUGAUGGGAGCCCCGGUGGUGGCGAUAUCAGCUUUCAGUCGUCAAGAAGGCAGCUCUCAGCACAUUGGUGGGGUUUCCAUGAUCCCCAUUCCAGCCUCUCACACUAUGAAUGGCGAGCUGGUACCACACCAGGCUUGGCUGAUAUCCUUUCAUCAACACGUAUUGAGCUGUCACAAUCUGCUCUGAUGUUCCUAUCGGAGUCAGAUCAGAUGCUAGAAAAUACUGAUAUCUACAUCACAGUCCGUGCUUAUAAUGGGCUUGGUAGGUGGAGUGAAUCUACAUCCAAUGGGUUCCGUGUAGAUUCAAGCCGACCUCAAGUGAUUCAGGAACCAACCAUUGACGGAACAGUCGGGGUAGUCGUCAGAAACACUCAGGUUCUCUGUGACGUCAUUCGAUUCGUCUGGAAGUUCGUUGACGUAGAGAGUGGCAUAACGGACCAAUACGUUUCAGUGAGAACACACCAUAAUGGAGACGUUAAUAUUCCAACCAUCAAGAUUGCUGGAAGUGAGGUAGACCACACCUUCACCAAUUUGACCUUACAUGAAGGAAGUCACUACGUCAUCACAGUGGUAGCAUGUAACCAGGCUGGUCUCUGUACUGAAGCAAAGUCAACAGAAUUUCUCGUCGACUGUAGCUCCCCGACUGUAGGAACGUUUGCAGUUGAGACAGAGAGUGCUGCUAACCUUGAGCGUCAUCAUAUAAUUUGGAUAACUCCAACGGAACAAGAGCCGGAAGAAAGUACCGAAGAGGGCACCGACCCCACGUCAAUGACGACCCCACGACCUCUACGCUAUCACUCUGGUUGGAUGACAUGGUUAGAGGACCCGUUCACCUCCACCGGAUCCCUCGCCCUUGCUUGGCUUGGGUUUGCUGACUUACACUCCGGCAUCAGUCAUUACUUUGUCUCUGUUGGACGAACGUACGGGGGCUCAGAACUCACACCGAGUGGACCAGUUCGAGUGACUUACAGCAGUGAUGGUAUGACAUUGGACGAAGGCAUUGCACAAACGGCAAUUAUACCAGUAGAGGGCAGUAUAACUGAUUCCAACAAUCACUACCUUUACGUAUCGGUAUGGGCUGUAAAUGGGGUUGGCCUACCAAGCAGUCGCCACCAUUCCACAUUUGAAGUUUCUGAAACAUCUCCCGUUGAGGGCGCCCUGGUCAUGGUACGUCGUUGCCAAGCUGCAACAUGUGAGGGUCACUGCGCUUGUGCACCCAUCCAUGGCGCCUGUUCUACAGCACAAGGACUGUGUAGUGAUUUAACCAUUGACAAUCCUAAUACCGAGAUCGAGGUCAUAGACGUUAUCGAUCUGAACUUUGACGACAUCAAUAACUUGAUUGAUAUUGAUGGCACUGCUACUCAGUAUAUGAUGGCUGCUGCAUGGCGGGUCAGUCAGCAGAAAGGACUAAGUAUCAAUUGGUAUGAAUGGAGUAUUGGGGAUGACUCGUCAUCAGAUGUUGAGCCAACAGGAGUAUUUGAUUCAGCCAAUGAAAGGGUUUGGUUCGACAUUGGCCAGGAAAAUCACACCAUCGUCAUGCUUGAUGAAGACCGAAUUCUGACGACUGGGCUGAGUUAUCAUUUUUACAUCCGGACCUGGUACAGUGACACCUUGUACGCCGUGUUUAGAUCAGAUGGUGUUACACCAGAUAUCAAGGCUCCAGAAAUCUCAAAAGUCAGAGGAACUAAGAUUAAGGAUCUAGCAACUGAGGGUUCUACGGAGGAUACCGACUAUAUCACCAAUCCUGAUACUCUGUACGUCUCUUGGGAGGGAGUGUUUCGUGACGACGCGAUAUCGCAGUACGAGGUAUCGCUCAGCACGUUCAGAGGAGGUGAGGAUAUCAGUCACUUUGCCGACAAAAUCUUAACGGCGGAUGUCGUGACGACACAGUUCACUGGCCUUGGUCUACAGAGCGGGAACCGUUACUAUAGCAACGUUCGGGCAAUCAACAAAGCCGGUCUGCGCACACUCAGAAGCAGUGAUGGCUUUGUGGUUGAUCUAAGACAACCGGAUGCUGGACUGGUGUUUGAUGGGAUAGAUCUGCAUGAUUUAGAAUACCAGAACUCCAGCACGUUGAUCUCAGCCUCAUGGCACGGCUUUACAGACCUGGAGUCCUACAUUGAUCACUAUGAGUGGUGUGUGGGUCGAACUCCUGAUUCUACUGAUCAAAGUGUCCUCCAAUGUACCGAUGUUGGGAUGCAGCUAUCGUCUUCGAAGAUGCUCGAAAUUCCACUCACAGGAGGUAUUAGGUACUACUCCAGAGUGUCGGCCAUUGACGCAGCUGGUAGAGCGUCAGAGCAAGUCUUCUCUGAUGGGGUUGUGGUUGACGUCACUCCUCCAGAGCCACAGAAUUGUAUCCACUCUGGAGAUAAUCUCAUCGUAAAUCCAUCAUUUGAAGGACAAAAUGAACCAGAUUUUCAGGAACCAAUGUCAACGCAGAUGACAAUGUCAACGCAGAUGACAGAGGCCGAGUCAACUGACAACUCGUCACUUGCCUUUACGACGGAUUCUCCUGUAGCUGAUUCCACAACAGAAGAUGAGGCCGAGCUAAAUGACAACUCAUCACCUGCUUUGACGACAGAAUCAGCUGUUGAGUCCACAACAAACUCUGAAGAAGACACCGAAAGUCCGCAAGAUGAAAUAGUGCCAUGGGAACCCGGCUCUGGUACCCAAAUCACUGUGAUCACCCAUGGGAAGAAGAUUGCUCGUGACGGACGUUCUUUCUUAUCACUACAAGGAUCGAUCGCACAAACUUUUAACUCGACCCCUGGAAGCCACUACCGGGUUCUCUUCUUCACUAGUCACAUUGUCCCAUCUCACGAGCCUCUUUUAAACCAAGAAGGUCGCAUUGAAGCACCAGGAUUAAACCAUGUCUUCAGGUUGUACAGUCGCCCAGCUGGUAGUCACUCUGAUCAGAGUCUGGCAUCCAUACAAUGGCAUGAACAGAGGUUUUAUUUCACAGCCAGCGAAGCUCUCUCAAUGCUGAGAAUAUCAUCAGUUGGACGCUCAAAUGGAAUUCUACUUGACAAUAUUCAGGUGACACAAAUAACCACAGAGCCGAGUACUGGUCAGGGAUCAGUAGACGUCCAUACGCAGUUUAUCCACAAUUGGUCUUCACUCCAGGCCAAGUGGCAUUUCGUUGAUGCAGAGAGUCCUAUUAUUGACUACAAUUGGGCCAUUGGAACCAUUUCCGGUGGCACCCAAUUACAGAACUACAAGUCCGUUGGAACCCAAACAAACGCCAUCAAUACCGAACUCACCAUGUCUCACGGUUCAUUUGUCUACGUCACGGUGACGGCAAAGAAUGCUGCUGACCUCAUAUCCGUUGUGACCUCUGACCCUGUUCUAAUUGAUCUGACAACUCCCAUUAUUCAUUCAGUUCGAGAUGGAGGAAGUGAAGAUGAUAUUGACUUCAGUUCAGAUGACAAAUCCGUCUCUUUCAGCUGGUCCGCCUCUGAUCCGGAAAGUGGAAUUGAUCACUGUGAAUGGGCCAUUGGUUUGGAACCGGGGCUUGAUGACGUCAUACCCAGCACAGUUUCACCCGAUUCAGAAUCAAAGAUAACUGCAAAUCUCGCCCGUGUCAUGGUCGAAGGUCAGAAACUGUUUGCUACCGUUAAAUGCUUCAACAAUGCCGGGAGGUCAUCGUGGAAAUCAUCUGAUGGUGUUACCAUAGUAACAGAGCCGCCAAGUUCACUGGCAGCCGUCGUCAAAGUGAAAGCCGUGUCUGACACGGCGUAUGCAACGCUUGACGGGUACCAGUCACAGAAUAGUCUCCUCAAGGCAUCAUGGGAAGGGUUCAUGGAUCCAUUUGGCAUUAAAUUUUAUCAGUGCCGUCUCACUGGACCAAGUUACUCACCCUCUCCAUGGAUACGAUGUGGAUCCGCAUCGGAGGAGCAUCUUAAUUGGUCAGAUCUUACCCUUGAGGAUGACGCAACAUAUAGCCUGUCUGUCAGAGCUGUCAAUCAUGCGGAUCUGAUCAGCCAGGCUAUCACUCAGAAUGUCACAGUUGAGACCUCGAGACCUGCCAGCCAAGGUUCGAAUCUUCUGACAGCGACAUGGAAGGGAAAUGGCACCCUGGUUGAUUUAAGCUGGGACGAAAUGUUCCUGUCCUCUUCUCCAAUGUUCUUUGAAGUCUCUCUCGGUACCGUCCUGGGCGGAAGUGACGUCAUGCAGUGGAUAGAGACGAUGAAUACUGGUAUGCGUGUAUCACCGCUGGUUCCCCAUACAGACUACUACCUGACAGUGACUGCUGUGAAUGCGGCAGGGUUGCCAGAGACAGUGAACGUGUUGAUAAAUCAUGGAUGAUAAAAUCAACCAACACUAUGAAACGUGACCUGAAUUAUUAUUGUUAAAUUUCCACAAGGUUACAUGCUAAAAGCUAUGCCCAUUUUGUUAAAAAAAAAAAAAAAAAAAAACUAUAAUCGGCACGCUAGAAUAUACAAUUUUUAUUUUUUUACUAUGCUAAACUGUAUGCCCUUUGGUAAAAAAAACUUAAUUCUUUAAUUGGUAAGUAAUUUUGAACGCUGGGAUACAAAUUAGUUUCUAAAAUAAAAUUUAUAGUUAAGUGUAAUUUGAUAAAGUUAUAGUUUUUAAUGCACGUUCAGAUUAUAUUAGGGCCUACGCUAUUUUCCAGAAAUAUUUCAAAUUUGAUCGUGUACGGUCAGCAUUGAUAUGGGGGCCCCAGCUUCCAUUGGUUCAAAUAAACCGGCACUUAUGCUAAGUUCUUGGCAUAUUUUGACCGUAUUUGUUUUGAUACCUGGAAUUAUGUUGCAGCUUGUUGUGUUUAGCUUUAGAUAGUUUUAAGAUAUCCGUCUCAACCAGUAAGCCUUUCCGUGAAAUAUGCUAACUACAUUCACGCAUGCGUACAGACGGUCUUUGUUGGCAAACGCCGUAGGCCCUUUACGAAGCUAGCUUUGCCCCGCGAUUGUUUUUGGCAAGUUGGCGUGCGCUUUGCGUACGUGCUCAGGGCUUCAGACGAGAGAACGGAGCCUGAAGCCGAAUCCAAAGCCGAAGCCGUGGUUUCGAAAAGGGCCAUGGAGUCAGACAUACGCAUAUUACACCUCACGCCACCAUCGGCACCAUAAGAUGGCGGGAUUUCCCCUCAUUUUGCCAUAGUGUAAAUUCGUAUAGGACGUCCGAUGUGUAAUUUACAUAUUUCAUGGGAAAGGUGUACACAUGUAUAUACUUAUAUGUUUCUUACCAAUACCCAGAUCUUGUUUAUGAAAACGGAUUUAUUGUAUAUACUCAGUAUCUAUGGAAGUUUAUUAAAAAUUUCGUUUCAAUAAACUUUCCUCCUUAGUGAUGUCACACUCAACAGGCAAUCAGAAUGCACCAUUUGUUUUAAGAAAUAUUUUGGUAAAUCCGUCCAUUUAUUUUUUACUACUUUUAUUUGAUUAAUGACAAAUUUAAUUUUGAGUAUUUUUUAUUAUUAAUAAACUUUAAAACAUUGAUGUUUUUAACGCAACCUA